AUUGCUCGGGUUGAAUGUUUGUGCAUACCACUACUCUUUGAAGUUGUUUUUGUUAUUGCUGUUGUUAUUGCCGUUGUGAUAUCUACAUUCCGCUUAAAUUCUGCAGAAAUCGGCAUAAAUGACUAAUGUGCAGUCGAUAUAUUAAAAUUUAAAUAAAUAAUAAAUUACAGCAAUUUAAAGCAACACCAACGGCUGAAUUAAAAUUAUCGUCAUCGCCAAUAACCGUUCGUUCUACGCGACUGUGAAUAAGUGACUGCGAUUGCAUCGGUGUGUGCUAUCAAAAAAAAAAUAAUAAAAAAUACUGUGCCCGCCCACACCCACCGUCUCGCAAUAGUAAAAAGCAAACAGAAGAUAUAACUCAGGAAAGCAAACAAGAAAUGUAUUUUAUUUAGAAAGAAAUAUAGUUUUCUUUCCUUGUGUCGGUUUCGGUAUUAGUCUUAAGCAGAAAAAAAAACAAACUGGUGUCGUCACUCGUCGCUAGUGUUAACUAAAAAUAGCCACUCUAAAAGAAAACCACAAAUUUUGCAGUGGAACUAACCCUUGAAUAUCGUACUAGAGUACACCCAGUAUUCUACAUUCCCCGUGUUGUAGCAGUUUAGCAAUAAUAAUUGAAAAGCUAGCUGAAGAUACAAAACCCACUUAUCCAUGGAGCGCGGCAGCAGCUACCCUAAUGCCGCGGAUACAAGCGCAGCUGCAGUGCCAGAGGAAACAACGCUGUCGAUUGUGCAGCAGCGCUUCAAGGCAGACGAAACAGUUCACCUGAUUUUCGAAGCUUAUCAAAUCAAGGGCCGGGAACAUUUUGAGGGUCUGCUAACGCUCGUUUCCUCUUCAUCUGGCGGAACAUACGCGAUCAUCUCAUUUUCUCUGCUGCGCACACCAUUGACAGGAAGCAAUGACCUAAAAAUAAACAAAGUUUUUCCAAUAAACACAUCCUUUAAAUUGACAACGGAUAACAAGGGUUCCAAAACGGAGCAACAGUUUGAACUGUGCACGGAUGAUGAUAGACCAAGCCAGUACUGCUAUCACCCAAUUCGAACAGAGCUAGGCUCAGAUGAGUUCAAUGAGUUCUGCGCAGAAAUCGAUUCCUGCAAGAGGACCAUGUGGGACGGGGGAUCGCCAUCGGAGGCGGUGCUCAAUUUUCGCUGGCUCGACGAUUAUCGCGAGAUUGGCGAAGUGAAACAGGAGCUAAAGAAGCGCGAGAGCGAAUACAUUGUCUACAAGGAUAUUGUCAUCUACUGUGCCACCUGGAACGUAAAUAACAGACCUUGCUGGGAUAACAAAAAUACGCUACGUCCAUGGCUAGCAUGUGGAGAAAAGGCACCGGAUAUCUAUGCUAUUGGGCUGCAGGAGCUGGAAACCACGGCCAAGGCCAUGCUCAACGGCAAUCAGAUGCAAAUGUAUGCCACGCAGUGGGUGCGGAAAAUAUUGGAGAACUUGCAUAAUGGUGUGGAGUAUGAGGAGUUGCAAUCGGUGCGAUUAUAUGGCAUUAUGUUAAUAAUAAUUGUUCGUAAACAAUUACGUCAACAUAUCGUGCGAUGCCGAGUAAACUCUGUGGCACGUGGCGUAUUCAAAACGUUGGGCAAUAAGGGAGGCGUGGCUGUCAGCUUUCAGCUCAACGAGGCAAACAUCUGCUUUGUGAACUCGCAUCUGGCCGCGCACAUGGGCAACGUGGCGGAGCGAAAUGAUGACUAUAAAGCCAUUGACAUGUCCAUGCGAUUUGAGGAGAAUGGACUGCAGCUCCGCACUAUCAACGAUCACGAUCACAUUUUCUGGCUGGGUGAUCUCAAUUAUCGCAUACAGGAGCCGAUUGGACAGCAACGCCCGGGGCCAAUGAGUGAUGCGCAAACGUUUGAGCUGAUGCUGCAGUUCGAUCAGCUGCGCAUGGAGAUGAGUUAUGAUAGAUGCUUUAAGGGAUAUACGGAGGGUGAGAUAAAGUUUGCACCAACUUAUAAAUACGACGUGGGCACCGAUACCUAUGACACGGGCGAAAAACAACGAGCGCCGGCGUAUUGCGAUCGCGUUUUAUGGAAGGGCAAACGUAUCGAGCAGUUGGAAUACAAUGGCGUCAUGGAGAUACGGGAAAGCGAUCAUAAGCCGGUCUAUGCCAUAUUUCGUGUAAAGAUUAAAACACGCGAUGAUUACAAGUACAAGAUGGUCUUGAGCGAGGUGCUCAAGGCGGUGGACAAGCGUGAGAACGACAGCCAGCCCCAAAUAAUCACAGACCGACCGAUCAUCGAGUUUGGUUUGGUGCGGUUCAACGAGCCGGUCAUACGGGACUUUAAUGUGUACAACGAUUGUUCGCAACAGGUGGACUUUAAGUUCAAGGUUAAGGACUUACCCAAUGAUAUCUGCGAGAAGUGGCUUCAUGUGGAUCCGCGCUCGGACAGUUUAAUGAUUGACUCCGCACGGAGUAUACGUGUCCGCAUGUUGGCCGAUGCGAAUUCUGUAACGGGUCUGCUUAAGAAGAUAUGCAGUACUUCUGACAGGUGCGAUUUCGAUAUACUUAUACUCCAUGUCCGCUCCGGACGAGAUAUCUUCAUAACCGUAACGGGUGAAUAUCAGCCCAGCUGCUUUGGCCUAUCAAUGGAGACAAUGUGUCGCACUGAACGACCGAUCGGCGAAUACACACUGACCGAAAUCAAAGAACUGAUGCUGGAUGUGACGCCCAUGUAUCGUGUUCCAAUGCCUCGCGAAUAUUUCCUGCUAAUCGAUUAUCUGCACAAGCAAAGCGGCCAGCUCAAGGGCAUCUUUCAGAGCUACGAUCGCUGCCAGCCGCUCAGCAGUCAAUUCAAUGCCGUGCGAGAUUGGCUUGACACCUGGUCAGAUGAUAAAUUUCCGGGCACUCCACAAACAGCGGCCGAGGCGCUGUUGCUGUUGCUCGAUCUACCGGAACAGGCGCUACUGGAGCCGUUUGUGGAUGAUCUCUUGGCCACCCGUAGUAAAGCGGACGCCGAGAGGUACAUAGAUCUGUUAAGCGAGCCCAAACGAAAUGUCUUUAAGCAUUUGUGCCUCUUCCUAUGCGAGGGUAUUGAACGCGGCGACUACGACGCAAACAAUAUCGCUACGAUCUUUGGUCGUGUUCUGUUGCGCAGCAGCAAAUGCAAUGUGACAAUUGAUUAUCAUAGCCGCUGCAGCGAGUUCAUGCAACGCUUUAUACGCAUCGAGAAUCCCGAUACAGUGGUUGGUGGCAAUGGACUUAGCAGUGCCAGUUUGCAAACCUAAUUGACGACUCCAUUUGAACUCGUAUAUAUAUCUAUAUAUACAAACGCAUCCAUGUAUUAGCUAUGGAGAUAUGGA